UCAGUCUCACUAAACAUGGCAACUAUAACGGACGAGGAGUGGCAACAAUAUAAGCUAAAAAACAAUAAAGUUUAUACGGAUGAAGCCGAAGAGGAGCGGAGACGUGCCAUAGUGGCUCAGCGCAAGAAAAUCAUCGACGAGCAUAAUAAGAAGUUCAAAGAUGGUGAGGUUGAAUGGUCGGGACGUCUUAAUUCCAUGUCCGAUUAUACGGAUGAAGAACGAUCAAGAAUGCAUGGUUUUAGAAUGACAUGAAACUUCUGCGUACAACAGAUAAGAAAACAAAUUAUUUUCUGACAUUUGUGAACGAACAUGUUUUUAGUGUAUUUUUUGUAGUUAAUUAAAGUCUAAUUUUUAUAUGUAUUCACUUACUUUAAAGAAAAACACUUUUAAUUUUAAUACAAAUGUUUUAUUUUUGUUUCUACUACUACUCUAUUGUAAUGAAGAUGAUAAAAUGUAAACAAUAAUAAAGAUUACUUAAAUUUAACAGA